AUCAUAUCAUCGUCAUCAUAUAAAUUAAAUAAUUUAAUAAAUUCUAUAAAUAAAUAAAUAAAUAUUGCUCCACCACCACAACGCCUCUUUCUCUCUCCUCUCUCUCUCUCCUCUCUCUGCGUGCGAUUUUCCCUACCGUCUUAUGGAUAGAGGAAGUGAGGGGAAGAGAUCUGAAUAAAUGAAUGCGGACUGAUUCAAAUCCCCGUGACGACAACUCUUCUCAGUAUCCUCCCCGCCUUUUCGCUCGGUCGGGAGCCUUUAGAAGCUGCUGAUUGGGAUGGGUUGGCCAUUUUUGUUGGGAAAUGGUGGAAAAUUCUGAUUCUGAGCUUAGGGUAACAGUAAUAGCAGGUGAAAGUUGGAAUUCCUUAGCAUUGUAUCGAAUCAGAGGGGGUGCAGAGUGUAGUUUGGAGCUAGGAAGAAAGAAUUAAUGGAGGAUUCAUCAAAGUAUGCACACAGUCCUGCCCAUUUGGCUGUACUGAAUCGCGACUAUUCGACGCUGAAACGGAUAGUUACAGCACUGCCUAAGUUGGCAACAGCCGGAGAAGUUAACACAGAGGCAGAGUCUUUGGCUGCUGAAGCAGAUGCUGAUGCUGUGUCUGCAGUGAUAGACAGACGGGAUGUUCCGGGAAGGGAAACUCCCUUGCACCUUGCUGUGCGGCUACAUGAUUCCGUCUCGGCUGAGAUUUUAAUGGCAGCUGGUGCUGAUUGGAGUCUUCAAAACGAUAAUGGAUGGAGUGCCCUCCAGGAGGCUGUUUGUACGAGGGAGGAAAAUAUCGCAAUGAUCAUUGCUCGGCAUUAUCAGCCUCUUGCUUGGGCGAAGUGGUGCCGUAGGCUUCCCAGGAUUGUAGCCUCUGCAGCUCGAAUUCGUGAUUUUUAUAUGGAGAUAACCUUCCACUUUGAGAGCUCGGUGAUACCAUUUAUCGGAAGAAUCGCCCCUUCGGAUACAUAUCGGAUAUGGAAACGCGGUUCUAAUCUACGUGCAGAUAUGACGCUUGCAGGGUUUGAUGGAUUCCGUAUUCAACGUUCAGAUCAGACUUUUCUUUUCCUUGGAGAGGGUCAUUCUUCGGAGGAUGGGAAUAUAUCCUUACCCCCUGGUUCGUUGAUUGUUCUUGCACAUAAAGAGAAGGAGAUCACAAAUGCAUUGGAAGGAGCCGGGGUUCAGCCAACAGAGGCUGAAGUUGCACACGAAGUAGCUUUGAUGUCUCAAACGAAUAUGUAUAGACCAGGAAUCGAUGUUACACAGGCCGAGCUUAUACCACAUUUGAAUUGGAGGAGACAGGAAAGAAGUGAGAUGGUUGGGGCAUGGAAGGCCAAGGUUUACGAUAUGCUUCAUGUUCAAGUGAGUGUGAAGUCGAGGAGAGUUCCUGGUGCCAUGACGGAUGAAGAGCUUUUUUCAGCCAAUGAUGACGAUGGAUUGGCUAAUGGAGGUGAAAACGACGAGUAUGAUGAUGUUUUGACAGCUGAGGAAAGAAUGCAGUUAGAUUCUGCACUUCGAAUGGGGGAUGGUUUAGGCGAGGAUGAAGGCACCGAGGUGCAGGAUUGUCACGAAAACUUCGAUACUGGUUCAUUUGAAAGCUGCGAGUCCAAUGGUACUACCAAGGAGAAGAAAAGUUGGUUUUCCUGGAAUAAGAAGAGUAGCAAGAACAUGGGCGAAGAACCUGAGGAUUCAAAAAUUUUAAAGAAGUUCUCAAAGCUUGCACCCGAUGAUACCAAGCAGAAGUCUAAUGGAAGUCGCAGAUCAUCAGCUGAGUUUCCCAUGGAGGAUACAGGGGACCAUCGAAAGUCCAAAGAUAAAAGUGUCAAAAAGAAAAAGAGAAAGGGGGCUGCUGUUGAGUCGAAGAAUGAAAGUGAAUAUAAGAAAGGCCUGAGACCCGUCUUAUGGUUAACGCCCGAUUUUCCUUUGAAAACAGAGGAGCUCUUGCCUUUGCUCGACAUACUGGCGAAUAAGGUUAAGGCAGUCAGAAGGUUGAGAGAGCUUUUGACUACUAAACUUCCUCCAGGAACGUUUCCUGUGAAGAUUGCAAUUCCUAUAGUCCCAACAAUUCGUGUCCUGGUGACAUUCACAAAGUUCGAGGAGCUUCCGCCAAUGGAGGAGUUCUCGACCCCUCCCUCCAGCCCUGCUCAUUUCCAAGAUUGCAAGUCCAAAGAGCCCGAGGGCUCAACCUCGUGGAUCUCAUGGAUGAGAAACCGGGGGACCCAAUCCAGUGAUAGUGAGAGCCGUAGCUUUCAAGACGAAGUCGACCCAUUCCACAUUCCCUCCGAUUACGCAUGGGUUGACGCCAAUGAGAAAAAGCGUCGGCUGAAGGCCAAGAAAGCAAAGACCAAGAAACAUAAAAGGCAUGGCGCUGCAAGAAAUCCAGACGGGGCGCGAAGAUUGGGCGAGGAUUUCGAAUAGUGGACAGGACAGGAGGACGAGACCUAAUUCUGGGAGUUGAGAUUAUUAUCUUAGGGAGGGGGAGCAUUCAUAAAGCUUUUUGUCGAAGCCGAUUGUUGUGUUGUACUAGGUAUUUUAAUAUUUCUGUUUUCUUGAGUUUGUGUUGUUGUCUGAGAUAUUAUUAUGCAGUUGCUGUUUCUUGCUGCAUUUUUAUUUUUAUUCUUGUGUUUUUGGGGUACUUGUUUCUCUUCUACCCGUCACAGACUCUCUCUCUACUGCUUCUUUUCAAAUGUAUUUAGUUUUUUAGUUU